AUGAGUCAAAAAUCUCCAACAAAACUUUCGCUUCUUCAUUCGAUUGAAAAUAAUCGAUCAGGAAAUCAAAAAGCAAAGUCUUCGACACUAAGUAUCCCCCAAAGUGUCGGUGUUAAUACUGAACAAAUUCAAUGUACCCGUGAUGUUGGUUCAAAUACUCCGAAUUACGCGGAACAAAUGGCACGAGCAAUGGAAAACGGAAGCGGUACUGAGGAGUUUGUUCAAAUGCUCCUGCAAAACGAAGCGUCGGAGGCCUACUGGAAAAUAGUGACUGAACGAAGAAAAGAGGCCAUUGAAGAUACCAUUCUUGAAAAUCAACAACUACAUAAUCUUAUCGAUGGAUUGAGUAAAGAAAACGAUCAACUUCGCGUUGUCGCUGGUCAUCACGAUUAUUUACAAAGUGUUCUCAACUCGUUUACUCAUGAACAUGACAGUCUUCUUGAUGAUAGUUCAACAAACUGA